AUGGCGAUCAGAGGCGUUUUGCCGUUGCUAUUUGCCCUUGCAGUUGAUGGCCCAGUGUUGCACGAGGUGGUGAUGAACAACGCAGCGCAGGAUGAGAGAAAAUGGAAAAUCCUGGCGCUCACCUUCAACGUGGCGAUGCAGAGCGGCAGCCCGGAGGCGGCCACACAAGUGCUCUCCCGGUUCGCCGACCAGCAGCUCGACAUGAUUGCCGUCGGAUUUCAGGAAGUCCAACACCUCGAGACGUUUGGCGCCAAAAUGUCGACCUGGGCCAACGACUUUAUGGACUGGUUCGCCGCCAACAUGCCCAAUAUGGUAGUCGUGGCGAGAACUUACCAGGCGACGAAUCAAGUCUUCGUCCUCGUCGACAACACGCAUCUCAGCGAAAUACGCAGCGUCGACUACCGGUACGCGCGGAACACGAUGCGCGGAAUCCUCGGGCACAAAGGGUCGAUUGGCGUACGGAUACUUUUGAAGGGCCACGGUGAAGCCAUCGCGGGCGGCUUUGUGUUCGUCGUCUCCCACUUUGUCCACGACGUCCUCCAGAACGAGCGCCGGAUAUUGCAGUACAGAAAUGACGAGACGUGCUCCUUCCCGGAAGAUCCCUUUAUAUGGAAUCGAAUAUGGCUGGGCGAUCUGAACUUUCGCAACGAGAUCGACCCCGACGGAUUCGAGCCGUUUUUCAAGGGGAAACGACUUCGGGAACUGCUCGACCAGCACGACCAGUUGAACGCCGCACGGCGAAGGCGGCUUGUGUUUGGGGAUUGGUCCGAGGCCCCAAUCAACUUCCCACCCAGCUACCGCUACUACGUCGGCAACCACAACUACGACCUGAAGCGGACGCCCUCGUGGACGGAUCGCGUGCUGUACAAGGGCAAGCUCACCGUCGACGAGUACGACAUGAUCCACGAGGUGCAGACGAGCGACCAUCGACCCGUUUUUUGUAAAUUAAAAGCAUCUGUACCCCCUCGAGCCCCCGUCAACUGGGCCGUCCAGUUCGAGAAGAUGCCCGCGUGGAACGAUUCGGUGCCGGUGCCCGUCCGCUUCCAAUACUUGAAGGGCUGGUGGAGCAGAUUUGGCUCCUACUGGGACUGGGUCGGGCUGUACGACGCGUCGCUGACCAACGUCCUCCUCCCGAUACAAUGGAAAUACGCGGUGAACUGCAUCGUCGACCCGGCGUCCAAGCCGCUGCACUCCGUCUGCGAGUUUCCCGUGUUGCCGGCGGGCCGGUAUAGAUUCGGCUACUUUUCGAAGAAGUUCCAAUGCCUCGUCGGCCUCAGCAAGGGGUUCAUCGUCGCCGCCAGCCGGCCGUCAAGCCGA